AUGGAUAGUGGAGAAGACUUGAAGCAGCGUGCGUCUGCUAGUGAGACCAUCAUCUCGACCAGCAGACCAGACUCGUCCCAACAGACCAGACUCGUCCCAACAGACCAGACUCGUCCCAACAGACCAGACUCGUCCCAACAGACCAGACUCGUCCCAACAGACCAGACUCGUCCCAACAGACCAGACUCGUCCCAACAGACAAGACUCGUCCCAACAGACCAGACUCGUCCCAACAGACAAGACUCGUCCCAACAGACCAGACUCGUCCCAACAGACCAGACUCGUCCCAACAGACAAGACUCGUCCCAACAGACCAGACUCGUCCCAACAGACAAGACUCGUCCCAACAGACCAGACUCGUCCCAACAGACCAGACUCGUCCCAACAGACCAGACUCGUCCCAACAGACCAGACUCGUCCCAACAGACCAGACUCGUCCCAACAGACAAGACUCUCCCAACAGCACUUCCAAGCACUCCAGGUGUCAUAUACACUUCACCAAGCACUCCAGGUGUCAUAAACACUUCACCAAGCACUCCAUGUGUCAUAGACACUUCACCAAGCACUCCAGGUGUCAUAGACACUUCACCAAGCACUCCAGGUGUCAUAGACACUUCACCAAGCACUCCAGGUGUCAUAAACACUUCACCAAGCACUCCAUGUGUCAUAGACACUUCACCAAGCACUCCAGGUGUCAUAGACACUUCACCAAGCACUCCAGGUGUCAUAGACACUUCACCAAGCACUCCAGGUGUCAUAAACACUUCACCAAGCACUCCAGGUGUCAUAAACACUUCACCAAGCACUCCAGGUGUCAUAGACACUUCACCAAGCACUCCAGGUGUCAUAGACACUUCACCAAGCACUCCAGGUGUCAUAGACACUUCACCAAGCACUCCAGGUGUCAUAAACACUUCACCAAGCACUCCAGGUGUCAUAAACACUUCACCAAGCACUCCAGGUGUCAUAAACACUUCACCAAGCACUCCAGGUGUCAUAGACACUUCACCAAGCACUCCAGGUGUCAUAGACACUUCACCAAGCACUCCAGGUGUCAUAGACACUUCACCAAGCACUCCAGGUGUCAUAGACACUUCACCAAGCACUCCAGGUGUCAUAGACACUUCACCAAGCACUCCAGGUGUCAUAAACACUUCACCAAGCACUCCAGGUGUCAUAGACACUUCACCAAGCACUCCAGGUGUCAUAGACACUUCACCAAGCACUCCAGGUGUCAUAGACACUUCACCAAGCACUCCAGGUGUCAUAGACACUUCACCAAGCACUCCAGGUGUCAUAGACACUUCACCAAGCACUCCAGGUGUCAUAGACACUUCACCAAGCACUCCAGGUGUCAUAAACACUUCACCAAGCACUCCAGGUGUCAUAGACACUUCACCAAGCACUCCAGGUGUCAUAGACACUUCACCAAGCACUCCAGGUGUCAUAGACACUUCACCAAGCACUCCAGGUGUCAUAGACACUUCACCAAGCACUCCAGGUGUCAUAGACACUUCACCAAGCACUCCAGGUGUCAUAGACACUUCACCAAGCACUCCAGGUGUCAUAAACACUUCACCAAGCACUCCAGGUGUCAUAGACACUUCACCAAGCACUCCAGGUGUCAUAGACACUUCACCAAGCACUCCAGGUGUCAUAGACACUUCACCAAGCACUCCAGGUGUCAUAGACACUUCACCAAGCACUCCAGGUGUCAUAGACACUUCACCAAGCACUCCAGGUGUCAUAGACACUUCACCAAGCACUCCAGGUGUCAUAAACACUUCACCAAGCACUCCAGGUGUAAUAGACACUUCACCAAGCACUCCAGGUGUCAUAGACACUUCACCAAGCACUCCAGGUGUCAUAGACACUUCACCAAGCACUCCAGGUGUCAUAGACACUUCACCAAGCACUCCAGGUGUCAUAAACACUUCACCAAGCACUCCAGGUGUCAUAGACACUUCACCAAGCACUCCAGGUGUCAUAGACACUUCACCAAGCACUCCAGGUGUCAUAGACACUUCACCAAGCACUCCAGGUGUCAUAGACACUUCACCAAGCACUCUAGGUGUCAUAGACACUUCACCAAGCACUCCAGGUGUCAUAGACACUUCACCAAGCACUCCAGGUGUCAUAGACACUUCACCAAGCACUCCAGGUGUCAUAGACACUUCACCAAGCACUCUAGGUGUCAUAGACACUUCACCAAGCACUCCAGGUGUCAUAAACACUUCACCAAGCACUCCAGGUGUCAUAGACACUUCACCAAGCACUCCAGGUGUCAUAGACACUUCACCAAGCACUCCAGGUGUCAUAGACACUUCACCAAGCACUCCAGGUGUCAUAGACACUUCACCAAGCACUCUAGGUGUCAUAGACACUUCACCAAGCACUCCAGGUGUCAUAGACACUUCACCAAGCACUCCAGGUGUCAUAGACACUUCACCAAGCACUCUAGGUGUCAUAGACACUUCACCAAGCACUCCAGGUGUCAUAGACACUUCACCAAGCACUCCAGGUGUCAUAGACACUUCACCAAGCACUCCAGGUGUCAUAGACACUUCACCAAGCACUCCAGGUGUCAUAGACACUUCACCAAGCACUCCAGGUGUCAUAAACACUUCACCAAGCACUCCAGGUGUAAUAGACACUUCACCAAGCACUCCAGGUGUCAUAGACACUUCACCAAGCACUCCAGGUGUCAUAGACACUUCACCAAGCACUCCAGGUGUCAUAGACACUUCACCAAGCACUCCAGGUGUCAUAAACACUUCACCAAGCACUCCAGGUGUCAUAGACACUUCACCAAGCACUCCAGGUGUCAUAAACACUUCACCAAGCACUCCAGGUGUCAUAGACACUUCACCAAGCACUCCAGGUGUCAUAGACACUUCACCAAGCACUCCAGGUGUCAUAGACACUUCACCAAGCACUCCAGGUGUCAUAGACACUUCACCAAGCACUCCAGGUGUCAUAGACACUUCACCAAGCACUCUAGGUGUCAUAAACACUUCACCAAGCACUCCAGGUGUCAUAGACACUUCACCAAGCACUCCAGGUGUCAUAGACACUUCACCAAGCACUCCAGGUGUCAUAGACACUUCACCAAGCACUCCAGGUGUCAUAGACACUUCACCAAGCACUCCAGGUGUCAUAGACACUUCACCAAGCACUCUAGGUGUCAUAGACACUUCACCAAGCACUCCAGGUGUCAUAGACACUUCACCAAGCACUCCAGGUGUCAUAGACACUUCACCAAGCACUCCAGGUGUCAUAGACACUUCACCAAGCACUCUAGGUGUCAUAAACACUUCACCAAGCACUCCAGGUGUCAUAGACACUUCACCAAGCACUCCAGGUGUCAUAGACACUUCACCAAGCACUCCAGGUGUCAUAGACACUUCACCAAGCACUCCAGGUGUCAUAGACACUUCACCAAGCACUCCAGGUGUCAUAGACACUUCACCAAGCACUCCAGGUGUCAUAGACACUUCACCAAGCACUCCAGGUGUCAUAGACACUUCACCAAGCACUCCAGGUGUCAUAAACACUUCACCAAGCACUCCAGGUGUCAUAGACACUUCACCAAGCACUCCAGGUGUCAUAAACACUUCAUCAAGCACUCCAGGUGUCAUAGACACUUCACCAAGCAUUCCAGGUGUCAUAGACACUUCACCAAGCACUCCAGGUGUCAUAAACACUUCACCAAGCACUCCAGGUGUCAUAAACACUUCACCAAGCACUCCAGGUGUCACAAUGAAAACAAAAGCAUUAUUGUAA